AUGACCUCCAGCCCCGCACUUGACCAAAAGGGUGCACAAGAGUCGGGGAAUCAGCUCGACGCUCUCAGCAAGAGGGAAAACAGUCCGGCUGAGCCACCCAAGGACGAGCUCGCGGGCGGUAACAGUCUUCCUAGCGGAUGGCCAUUGUUCAUGAUGGCGCUGGCCCUCUCGCUCGCCACCUACAUCGUUGCGCUAGACCAGACGAUCAUAUCACCUGCCACAGCUACAAUCACGGAUGACUUCCACGCUUUGCAAGAUGUCGGCUGGUAUGCUAGCGCUUACCUGCUGACUUCCACUGCUCUGCAGCCCUUGUUCGGUCGCCUAUACGGUUUCUUCAGUCUCAAACUGGUGUUCAUUGCAUCAACGGCUGUCUUCGAGAUAGGAUCUCUCAUAUGCGCCCUGGCCCGCAAUUCCCCUACGUUCAUAGUUGGACGUGCUAUUGCGGGGAUUGGCGUUGCCGGGGUCUAUAUCGGAGUGCUGGUGAUCGUCAGUGUGAUGAUGCCUCUGGAUCGCAAGUCACUCGCAGGUGGUCUCAUAGGCGCCAUCUAUGGCAUAGGCGCCAUUACGGGUCCUCUGAUCGGCGGUGCCCUAACAGCGAAAGUCACAUGGCGGUGGUGUUUCUGGUUGAAUCUGCCCAUUGGUGGAGUCACUCUGGGAAUCAUCUUCCUAUUCCUGCAUGAACCCCAUCGACCUCAAACAGAAAGCAUACCCCGUCGGCUCAUGUCUAUCGACUGGCUAGGUAUCACUCUGCUGCAUGGCUCAGUGAUCUCCCUCUUGAUCGCACUCCAAAAUGGAGGUGUUCGAGAUGCCUGGGGAGCCGGGGUGACGAUCGCUGAGCUCGUAGUCUUUGGCGUUCUUCUGCUUGGUUUCGUGGCGCUCCAAGUCUUCCUUGGAGAGCGCGCGGCCAUCCCGGUUCGUCUCCUCAAGAACCGGACAAUACUGGCCGCGACCACGCAUAACUUCGCCAUUGGCGCCACUUAUUUCUCUCUGGCGUACUUCUUGCCCAUCUAUUUCCAGGCUAUACUCGGGACUUCAGCACUUGGAGCUGGUAUCCAUACAUUGCCCCUCAUUGUUGCGGUCAUCAUUGCGACCAUCGCUGCCAAUGGAGCAGUGACGUUCGUCGGUUAUGUCCCGCCAUUCAUGAUCUUCGGGUCUACUCUGGCUUCUAUCGGCACUGGUCUGCUCCACUUGCUUAGCCCGACUACUAGCACUGGCAAAUGGAUCGGUUACCAGAUCAUAACUGGAGUAGGGGUAGGAACUACUUACCAACUUGCCUAUCUAGCAUCCCAGACUGUCUUAUCUGCAGCGGAUGUUGAAGUCGGUACUGCCAUCGUCAUCUUUUCACAGACGCUGGGCGGAUGUUUCUUUGUGUCUAUCUCCCAGUCCAUUUACCAAAACAGAUUUUUGAAGUAUCUCGCUGCUGUCCCUGGCGUCGACAUUCCUGCCGUGAUCGCUGGGGGGAUGACCACUUUCCGCGCGACCGUGCCGGAAAAUCUGCUGCCUCAAGUUAUCGUUGCGUCCAACCUUGCCCUGCGAGACGCUCUGGCUCCCUCAAUUGCUCUCGCCUGCCUAGCCUUCGUAGCGGCUCUCUUCAUCGAGUGGAAGUCUACCAAGGGUCAGAAAGGAGUUGUUGCGACUGCAGCUUAG